AGGUCUCGCAGUCAUCUGGCGGGGCAGAAACCUGGAUUCUCUUUAACCGCGAGGUUUUUCGAAGUCAAAAUGAAGUAGCGCCGAUAUGCCUACUCAGAUACACUUUCACGUUGUCGUGCUGGCCAUCGUCUUUGGACUGGCUUCGGCAAACCUUGUGAGACUUGCACCGAGAACAGAGUAUGUCUACGACUACGCCGCCCAGUCUAGGUUGGGGGAUGUCGCCCUGCUGGUGACCAGUGCGAAGGUACACAUUCGGGUGUUAAACAUUACCAGCGAUGGUCAACUCUGUCAGCUGCACAUUGAGAGGUUUUCCCAGCAUGCAAAUGGAAAGAAUGAUCAUUCCAGGCAUUGGGACAUGUCAAGAUGGUUUUCCUUCCUGUUCUCGCACCAUGGGGAGGUUACUGAAGUUUUUCAUCCGACUGACGAAGAUCUCGAGGUGCUCAACAUCAAGAAGGCGCUGGUGGGAACGUUGUCUGCAAGGCUCCAUGCCAGUGACAAGGUUCUUAAAGAAGGCCGGAUUUGGCUGUACCAACUGAAUGAAACAGGACAUGAAGGAGACCAUACAUCAACGUACAAAGUGAACCCCACACAGGAAGGACUGGUGUUUCACAGAACCAAACAUGGACACGUUGUGGAGAAUGCAAAAGCUAAACAUGAGAAGAAAAUAACCUACAGCUCGGAGCUCGGUGUUGCACGAACUGUUCUCGUCGACGAAGCCUUCACUGCUCCAAGGGAAACCCCGAAGGGGUUCGACCCCAGAGCCGGUUUACCAGGAGAUCCAGACAAACAUCGACAGCUACAAGGAGACCAGUUCGAACUUCCCGUCAUGCAUGCGAACUCCUCCAGUCAGAUGACCCUGGUUGGGAUGAAACCGUUUGCUGACGCUGUGACUCCACCCUCCAACCUCACUAACGGAUCUAUCAUCAUCACUCAUCCGAAGCUGCCUGCGCUGAACCUUACACAAAUAAAGGACGCCAUCCUUGGAAAUUUGACAUGUGUCAGAAACCACAACAGAAAGGAAGAAUCAAUGCAAAGACAGCAAUGCUUCUUUCAACUUUUCGCUCUGAUGGACCGUUUGUCUGAAGAUGACCUUGGCAUCCUAGUACAUCAACAUGUCAAGGUCAACUACUCAGACUCCGUUGAAGAGGAAAACUGCAACAUCAUGGUGGACGCCCUCGGUAGUCUCGGUAGUGCAGCAGCCCAGCGGCUCCUUACUAAAACUGUUCUACAGGUCAGGGGGGCCUCAGCUCAACUCAUACAGCGGAUGCUGAUCAGUUUUGUGACAAUGAAAACCCCACCUGUCAAGGAAUUCGUAAUGGCACUGGAGGAACUGUGCUUUGCGACAAAAAUUGAAUUUGAAGAUCCUAAGGAUGAGUGGAUAGUCCACAGCACCGCUGUUCUCAUCCUCGGAGUUGUCGCCGACCGUCUGAAGGAAACGGACAAGGAGAGAGCAAAAAGCCUUGUGGGAAAACUGGAGGACAGCGUAGGAAUACAUGACCCGUGGCAUCACCGACAUCUGCGAUCCACCUUGACCGAUGACGAAAUAAACAAACAUUACCAUCACAAAGCCACUCUCCUGGAGUCCCUCGGCAAUGCUGAGUUUGACAGCUCGUUUGACCACCUCCUGUCUUACAUCAACAACACGGACAGUCCACCACUGCUGCGGAGAAGCGCGCUGUCCGCGAUUAGGAAGUAUGACCACCAUGAGGCCGCGAGUCUUCUCCUGGACAGCGCCCUGUUUGAUGAGGAGGAGCAUGUCCGCUACCACGCUGCUCUUCAGUACCAAAGGCAUCCCAAAGCGCUCAACCUGCUGAAGAUAAAACAGAGCAUGGCAAAUGGGUCCAUCAGCAUUGACCACUAUCUUGAUGACCUGGAAAGAAAUUCUCAUCUCCGGCAGCGCAGAGGUGUUAAAGGAAUAUUUGACCCAAUCGAGUUGUGCCUGAAUUUGCCAGGAAUAGACUGGCAGAAGAAGAUUGGAACAAAUGAUAUCGGAGCAGAAUUUGGCCUCGUUGUUAGAAACAUUUUUGACUUUAACAUAGGCCUAUUAACCGCCAUUUAA